UUUCUUGUUUCAUGUAUAUGCUUGUAAGACUAUUUCAUCCUGUUUUCACAGAGUUAGAACACUCAUGAUAGAGUAUGACUGUAUUGGACAUCAUCUGUUUCAGUAAUUAUCUUCAUUUAUCCACAUUCUGUUUCCAUAUAUCCAGGAAAGCACUUCCAGGUAGCACAUGGUUAAACUGUACCUUUUUAUUUCAGGGUCUGUUGACAUUCAGGGAUGUAGCUGUGAACUUCUCACAGGAGGAGUGGGAAUGCCUGGACUCUGCUCAGAGGGCUUUAUGCAUUGAUGUGAUGUUGGAGAAUUAUAACAACCUGAUCUUUGUGGAGAACUAUUGCAUAUGUGAUCCUGUCCAUCAACAUGUGAAGAUUGGAAAGCAGUCUAAAGACUUUGAGAAAUCAUUAAAUUUGUGUUCCAACAUUACUCAAGAUGAGAGACUCUAUACUGCAAACAAAGAGCACAGUCAGGAAGAAUAUGACUAUUUCAGCUCUGCAUGCAAUUUUUUGCAACAACCAAUCUAUAUUAGAGAGACACCACACCAUCGUGGGAAAUGUAAGAAAUUUGUCCACACUGCCUCAAGCCUCACUCUACAUCAAAGAAUUCAUCCUGGAAUUAAAUCCUACAAUUACAUCAUUUGUGAAAAAUCCUUUAUCCAGCAUGCAGGUCUUAAAAUGCAGCAAACACUUCAUACUGGGGAAAAAACUUACAAAUGCAAAGAAUGUGGAAAGUCUUUUCUUGAAUUAUCUCAUCUUAACAGGCAUUACAGAAUCCAUGCUGGUGAAAGGCCUUUCAAAUGUGAGGUCUGUGACAAAUUCUUUACCUUGAACUCAACCCUUAGAAGGCAUCAGAAAAUUCAUACUGGAGAGAAACCUUACAAAUGUAUGGAAUGUGACAAGUCCUUUUCCCGGGACUCACAUCUUAGAACACAUCAGAGAGUUCACACUGGAGAGAGACCAUACAUUUGUCAGGAAUGUGGCAAAUCUUUUGCCCAAUCUUCCGGUUUAAGGACACAUCAAAAAAUUCAUAUUGGAGAGAAACUUUAUAGAUGCAAAGACUGUGACAAAUCAUUUACCCAUACUGUAAGUCUUAAAGUACAUCAGAGAGUUCAUACUGGAGAGAGACCUUACAGUUGUAAGGAAUGUGACAAAUCCUUUACCACUUGCUCACAUCUUAAAAGACACCAGAGCAUUCACACUGGAGAGAAACCUUACAAAUGUAAGGAAUGUGACAAGUCUUUUACUAGCUGCUCAUAUUUUAGAGAACAUCAGAGAAGUCAUACUGGAGAGAAACUUCACAAAUGCAAACACUGUGCCAUGUCCUUUACCCAUGUUGUAAGUCUUAGAAUACAUCAGAGAAUUCAUACUGGAGAAAGACCAUACAGUUGUAAGGAAUGUGACAAAGCCUUUACCAAUUGCUCAGAUCUUAAAAGACAUCAGAGAGUUCAUACUGGGGAGAAACCUUACAAAUGUGUGGAAUGUGGCAGAUCCUUUACCCUCUGCGCAAAUCUUAGAAGACAUCGGAGAGUUCACACUGGAGAGAGACAUUACAAACAUAUGGAAUGUGACAAGUCCUUUACCCAUGACUCAAAACGUAGAAAAUGUCACAGAGUUAUUACUGGAUAGAGAACUUACAAUUGUUAGGAAUGUGGCAACUCUUUUACCUACUCUUCUGGUUUAAGGAGACAUCAGAAAAUCCAUAAUGGAGAAGAACCACACAAAGACAGAUGCAUCCUCUGUCCAGAUUUCAGAUCUUAGGAGAUAGGAGAAAAUUCGUAAUGGAGAGAAACAUACCAUUUGAAAAAUGUAACAUAGCAUUUUCUGGUAUUCCCUUCUUAUAAAUCAUAACAGUAUGCAAAAUACGAACAUAAAGAUAAGAAACUUGUGAAAGUCUUUAGAGAACUUUUACAUUUUAAAGAAUAUCCUAGAGAUUAUAUUAAAAUACAAUUCUAAAUGCAAAUGCAAUGAUGGGAAAGCUUUUUUUAUUUUUUUUUAACAUGUAUGCAUGCUUUGCCUGCAGUUAGCCUGUGCACUAUGUGUAUGCCUGAUGUAGGACAGAAGGGGUCAUCUGAUCCCCUGAAGCUGGAAUUACAUACCAUUGUGAACUGCCAUGCCUGUGUUGGCAAUGAACACUGUUCUUCAGGAAGAACAACCAGUGCUCUUACUCACUUAGCCAUGUCUGUGGCUCCUGGUUUAAAAAAAAAAUGUAAUAAAAACAUUUAUCUUGUUCUACAAUCAAAAAAUCAUAUUACUGCCAGGUGUGGUGGUGCACUCAGGAUGCAGAGGUAAAAUGAUAUCUGUGAGUCAGAGAACAUCUUCAACUUCAUGCUGAGUUUCAGGACAGCUCAGACUUCACAACCUCUUUGCCAAAAGAAAACAACAACAAAAUUCUAAUAGAAUUACAUAGAAAAUAUCACAAAACUUUUCAUUUUCUUUCUAAUUUUGCAAUACACUACAAAACUCUUACUUUUGAAAACCAAAAAAAGGUAGAGAGUAUAGAUUCCCCAUGUCUGUCAAUUGGAAAUUAUACCUCCCUAAAUGCCUUGAAUUUGACAAACCCUUCACAUACUGCUGAAGUUGAAGAGAUAAAAGAAAAUUCACAAUUAAAGAAAACACUGAUAAAUUCUUUUAUUCACCUUCCAGUUCUUCAUUCUAGAGUCAGACCAUACAAAUAGCAAGAAAGAAACUAACUGUGAAGAUGUAGGCUGUGAUUGUGACAUCACCGGAAUGCUGACAUACAACUUAGACCUUCCCAAAGGCUAAGGAUUGUGAUACACCAUCCCAGCUCUCUGAAAGCAUAGAAAGGUGUAUUCCUGUGAUUUCUAGGGUAGCAUUGUCUACAUUGCAAAUUCCAAAUCAGCCAGAGCAAUAUAUAGGAAAUCCUAUCUUGAAAAACCAAAAUAAGAUCAAGAAAGAAAUCCUGACCAGAUGCAGGACUUCAUUUUGAACUACUGAAGAAAACUUGGGAAGAAUUUACUUGAAACUCUAUAAUAAAAUGAUAUAACUUAUGUUAAUUGCUAGUACACCUUCUCUGACGUAAAGGAGACCUGUAGGACCUACUCUCAACUAUGUUGAAAUGGUAGUUACCCCAAUCUUACACAGUUGCUUUUUCUUAGUCUCAAAUAGUUAUUAAUCUCUGCAUUCCCACUACCUAUUGCAGGAGAAGACUUUCAUCUAUGUUGAGAAUAGUAUGAAGUUUUCAUCUUAAACAUGAAUAUUUAGAUGACAGAUUAAUGGUUAUGAUUGUUAAUCAAAACAUCAAUAGAGUUCCGACCUACAACCUAUAGGUCUCAAUGUUUUUUUGUUUUUUGCUUUACCAUGGUAUGAAUUCCUCUCUGUGGUACAGGUUUGAAAUCCAAUCAAGAGAAAGUUUGUUUCUGUCCAUUAAUAUUGGUGCCAGUUUUGCACCCACAUCUUGGCUGGCAAGUUUUUAUUGUAACAUGUAUGGUCCAGGGCUAAGUAGGACCACUGACAUCAUUUCUGUGAGAACAGCAUUCACAGGACUUUACAGUGCCACAAAGACUGGCCAGCAGGGACUUUUGCCAGGUAUGUUCAAUAUUGCUCUCUGUCUUGCAGUGUC